AUGCUUGACUCUUUGAAACUUGAGCGACUGCAUAAUCCCGACGGCUACCUGAAGAUUGAUGAGCAUACCCUUGUCUUUGUGAUCUCUCCAGGGGAAGUUUGCAUCAUACAGGUUAUAGCUGAUAUUGCGGAACCAGCAAUGAUCUUCCAUGACAAGAUCGAAAAGCAAGGCUGGGAAGAUUACAAAACUAUCGUGGCUAAUGAGCAGCAAGAGAAUCCCCGAGCACGUCUGCGCAAGGAGGAGCUACUCACGAAAUAUGACGAACAUGAUAUCCCGGACUCUGAUGACUUCCUUCGCCAAGAGGGCUUGUCUCGGUGUCCGUACGUUCUGAAAUGA